AUGGUCCAACUCACCAACUUCGUCUAUGCAAUUACAGCUGCCUCCAUCAUCGGAGCAGUCACUGCCCACCCCGGCUCCCACGACGGUGCCAGCGCCGCCGAGCUCGCCAGACGCUCCAACUUCAUCGCCAGCUCCAAGCGCUCUCUCGCUGGCUGUGCCAGCAAGAUGAAGGCCCGUGGCUUCGAGGAGAAGGCCAUUGCCCGCCGUGCGGCCCUCGCUGAAAGCAUUAGAGCCAAGAGGUCCAUCCAGGGCGGUCGUCAAUACCUCAAGGCCCGUGACUUGGCCACCGUCUUGGCCACCGACCACGCCUCCGACUUGGAGGGUGUUACCCUCAGCACUGAUUACAGUACCCUCUUCAGUGGUAACGUUUCUUGCGUCCUCCAGCCUGAGGUUACCCAGGGACCGUACUACGUCGACGGCGAGUUGGUCCGCCAGGACAUCAGGGAGACUCAGGGCGGUGUCGACCUCUACGCCGAUGUCCAGAUUGUCGAUGUCGCGACUUGCGAGCCCGUCCCCAACCUCUACCUUGACUGGUGGCACGCAAACGCCACUGGAGUCUACUCCGGAAUCGUUGCCAGCGGUAACGGCGACUCCUCCGAUGCCACCAACAUCGACAACAGCUUCCUCCGUGGCGUCCAGCCCACCGAUGAGGAUGGUGUCGCCCAAUUCCUCACCGUCUUCCCCGGCCACUACACCUCGCGUGCCACCCACGUGCACAUUCUCGGGCACCUCAACCCCACCGUUCUCGCUAACAACACCAUCAGCGGCGGUACCGUCUCCCACGUCGGCCAGGUCUUCUUCGACCAGGAACUCAUCAGCACCGUCGAGACUACCUCCCCCUACUCCACCAACACCCAGGAGCUCACCGCCAACGCUGAUGACCAGAUCCUCUCUGAGGAGGCCGCCGAUAUGGACCCCUUUAUGGAGUACGUCCUCCUCGGUGACAGUGUUUCAGAUGGUAUCUUGGCUUGGAUCUCUAUCGGUAUUGACACCUCUGCUUCGUACUCUGUCAGCUCUGCCGCUACCUGGACUGAGCACGGUGGUGUUGCCAACUCCAACUCUGGUGCUGGCGGAAUGGGCGGUGGCUCUGCCCCCUCUGGUACUGGUGCUCCCGGCGGUGGAAUGACUGCUCCUACUGGUGCUCCUCCUUCCUAA